UCAACGCUCUGCGCCCGGGCUCGUGACAACAUGAUGUUGAUCCGCCACUCCAGUCGUUGCUGUGCCUCUCUGGGACGCACGGCACGCAUGGCCGGACGCCUGGAAUCUGCGAGCAGACGACUCUUCUCCAGUCAGAAACCACCCAAGGGAUUUGAAAGAUACUACAAGAAUAAGAAAGGGCAAGGACAGCCGGAAAAGCCCGAAAAGCCGAAAGAGACCGGAAGGACUUCGGAAUCCCAGUCCUCCAAGAAGGAGGGCCCGAAGGAGGACCCCAAGUCCCCCACAGGCCUUGACAACCAACGAGUAGUGCGCGUGUCGCUCUUGACGAUGGCUGGGGUCUUGGUCUUGAGCCUGUUGAACCAAGACAGGAGGAACGAAGGUGAAAUCACCUCACAGGAAUUGCUGAAGGACUACUUGAUGAAAGGUUUGGUGGCCAAAAUCCAAAUCGUCAACAAGACCUUCUGCAGAGUUCACCUUCGACCCGAAGUCCAGGGUGGCGAUGCUCCAAAGACUCUGACGAUACAGUUGGGGAGCCCCGAGACUUUUGAGGCGAAACUGGAACAGGCUCAACACGAUUUGGGGAUUCCUUCCGUGGAGCAGAUCCCCAUCCAGUAUGUUGAGGAGUCGGACUUUCUCUCGGAUCUUUUACCCCAACUUCCAGGGCUUCUCUUUCUGGUAGUGCUCUUUAUGGGACUUCGAUCAAUGAGCCGAGGAGCUCCCGGCAUGCCUGGUGCGGGUCCAGGGGGUCGAAGUAUUUUCAACAUCGGAAAGAUCUUCCCACAGGGUGCAAAAGACUUGAAAUCCAAGGUGAAGUUUGCAGAUGUUGCGGGACUGGAUCAAGCCAAAGCUGAAGUGGUGGAGUUUGUAGAUUUCCUGCAGAAUCCCAAGAAAUACCAGCAGCUAGGAGCUCGCGUGCCGCGGGGUGGACUGCUAGCAGGUCCUCCAGGUACAGGGAAGACGCUGCUGGCAAAGGCCGUUGCGGGAGAAGCCGAUGUUCCCUUCUUCUCCAUAAGCGGCUCGGACUUCAUUGAAAUGUUCGUGGGCGUUGGACCUUCGCGAGUGCGGGAUUUGUUUCAACAGGCCCGUUCCCAAGCACCUUCCAUCGUCUUCAUCGACGAGAUCGAUGCUGUGGGCCGGCGCCGCGGCAAUGGCGGCUUCGGGGGCGGCGGCAACGAUGAGCGCGAGAACACGCUGAAUCAGUUGCUAGUGGAGAUGGAUGGUUUCUCCUCGGGAACCGGUGUAGUUGUCCUAGCAGGUACCAACCGUAUUGACAUCUUAGACCCCGCGCUGACGAGACCUGGGCGCUUUGAUCGGCAGAUCGCCAUCGACAAGCCGGACCUGGCAGAAAGAGAAAAGAUCUUCCUGGUCCAUUUGAAGCCCAUCACACUGCAAGCAGAUUUGAAAGUGGAAGAUGUUGCCAAGAGGAUGGCCUCUUUGACCCCUGGCUUUGUGGGUGCUGACAUUGCCAACAUCUGCAACGAAGCCGCCAUUUUCGCGGCCCGGCGCUCGGCUGAGACGGUGGAGAUGCAGGAUUUCGAGCGGGCGACGGAACGUGUGCUGGGUGGCCUGCCCAAGCAGAAUGGACUCAUGAGUCCAGAUGAGAAGAAGACAGUGGCCCUGCAUGAGUCUGGCCAUGCCGUGGCAGGCUGGUUCCUGGAGCACGCGGAUCCUCUGUUGAAGGUGUCCAUCGUGCCGCGCAGCAGUGGAGCAUUAGGCUUCGCGCAGUAUCUGCCGCAGGAGAUGAGUCUCUUCUCCAAGGAGGCCAUCCUGGACAAAAUCGCCGUGGCUCUGGGCGGCCGCGCUGCCGAGGAGCUCUUCGUGGAGAAAAUCACCACCGGGGCCUCGGACGAUUUGGACAAGGUCACCAAAAUGGCCUACUCCAUGGUGGCAGUCUAUGGCAUGAAUUCCGAACUGGGCUUGGUGUCCUAUGGCCAGAACAAUUCCAGCCAGCAGUUCUACAAGCCCUACAGUGAAGAGACCGGAAGGAAGAUUGAUGAGCAAACCAAAGGCAUUGUGGAGGAACAGUACAGUAGAGUCAAAGCACUGCUCGCGGAGCAGAAAGAAAAACUGGAGAACUUGGCUGAGAGACUGGCUGAGAAAGAGACGUUGGUGUACCACGACCUGGUGGAAGUCCUGGGGGAGCGACCGCAUCCCAUCAAGGCGGAAGUCUCCAAAUUCGUCACCGCAGGCACCAAUCCCUUCUCAAUGCCCAGUGAAGCUGCCUUCUCUGCCGAGACUGAUGGAUCUGAUGAAUCCGAUCGCUCGACUUCCGGCUCGGGGCACUGACAGCCUCCGACAGUCCGACAUCGAUCUUUUCAAGGCUGGAAAAUCACAGGGGAACCACUGUGAAAC